CGUGAAAGGAUUUGUAUAACACAUUCAGAUUUGAUGGACUUUCCCAUGUUCACCCGGGACAGCCCUUUUUUGUUGACAUGUUCAAAUAAUGAAUCUCUUAUGUGUGUAGUCCCUUUUUCCCCCAGCUGCUAAGUUCUGUUGCUAGUCAUCAGCUAGGGAUGCUGUGCAGACCAUUCCUUCAUCUGUCUCAGGCUUAUGGAGAAUUGCUUACUUGCUGGCUUUCAGGAACCAGGGUGAGUGGGUCACAACAAUGUGCCUUUAAACUUCCAGAUGUCAGAACUGAAGAUAUUCACUUCAAAGGUAUUAUUACGUCCUGCAGCAGGACGUUUCACAGAAUAUAGAGACAAGACAAUACGCGCUAUAAAACAGCUGUACUGUACUUACCUCCAGCAUCACAUUUAGCUUAAGGCAUUCACAGAUGAUUCAAUGUGACAUUUGUUCAUUUGACAGGUGCAGAAAAGUUGCAGUUACCAGAUAACAGAAACCACAGCAGAGAUUAGAGCAGUGAAAACGAACAUCAAUGAAUUUCCAUUUAUUUUUUCAGGUGCUGAAAUGGAACAUAUAUUACUGAACCUUUUGCUGUUUUUUAAAACCUUGUCAGUUGGAGCUCAGUUCAAUGGUUACAAUUGUGACACCAACUUUCACAGUCGCUUCCCAGCGGCGAGAGAUAUCAGUGUUUACUGUGGAGUGCAGACCAUCACCCUCAAAAUCAACUUCUGUCCUGUUCUCUUCUCCGGCUACUCCGAUGCAGACUUGGCUCUCAAUGGUCGCCAUGGAGAUGCACACUGUCGUGGAUUCAUUAAUAACAACACAUUUCCCAGUGUGGUAAUCUUUAGUAUUAGCCUGGCUGCACUGGAGUCCUGUGGAAAUUCAUUAGUGGUCUCCACAGCUCAAGGUCCUAAUGCUUAUGGGAACCUGUCACUAGUACAGAUUGGAAACAUAUCAGGAUACAUCGACACACCAGAUCCCCCCACCAUCAUCAGUUACCUGCCAGGUCUGUUAUACAAGUUCAGCUGCAGUUACCCGCUGGAAUAUUUGGUCAACAACACACAGCUAGCCUCGUCAGCGGCAGCGAUCUCAGUGAAGGACAGCAACGGUUCUUUCAUCAGCACUCUGAAUCUCCUACUUUAUAAUGACUCCUCAUACUUUCAGCAGCUGGCCAUCCCAAUGGCUGGACUCACACUGAAGACACGCGUGUUUGCAGCUGUAAAGGCCACAAACCUGGACAGCAGGUGGAAUGUUCUGAUGGACUAUUGUUACACUACGCCUUCUGGAAACCCUAAUGAUCACCUUCGCUAUGAUCUUUUCUUCAGCUGUGAAAAGGACCCCCAGACCACCGUGUUUGAGAAUGGGAAGAGUCAAAUAGGACGCUUUGCCUUUGAAGUAUUCCGCUUCGUAAAGCACAAGAACCAGAGGAUGUCCACUGUCUUCCUGCACUGUGUCACCAAGCUGUGUCGGGCAGACGACUGCCCCAUGCUCAUGCCUAUCUGUGGAAGUAAAAAAAAGAGAGAUGUUUCAGAGAGAAAGGAAUCAAGCACUGGAAAUGCUGUCCUGACUGCCGGUCCCAUCAUCACUCGCAGUGAUGAAACAACAACCAACAACUCUCAGCUGGCUCAUCUCAAAUCUCCAGUGUUUCAGAUGAACACGGUGACAAGUGCACUCAUUUCUGGUGUGAUCAUUCUGGGUGUUAUGAGUGUUUGCUUCUUCGUCUUCUCACUCACCCUCCUCAAAGGCAAGAACACUCCUAUCAGCACCCGGCCUGGAGCACACAAUCAGGCCUUUACCUGAGAGCCUGACCCUAAUUCACUGCAGACCCUCCUCCGCCAUGGGCCAUGUUCAGGAAAGGCAAUAACAAAUGUGACAACAUGUUUGUGCAUGUAGAAAAGUUAAAUGAUGAUUUAGAUUUAGGGAUGUGAUGAUUUAACACAUCUGUACAAUGUGCACUAGUGUAGUGGCAAAGCAGGACCUUUUCGUUUGUUGUAGCAGGCCAGGUGUCAACCUGCAUAGACAUAGACAUGGACAUUCAGUCCAUCAGCAUUCAGUCACAGGGUCCAGGAUCAAUUACUGUUGGUUCUAACAGUUUUCACAGGUCAAGCAGCUCCUUUAUAGAGGCUCAUACAUGAUAGGUUUUCACUGGAAAGAUAUGUCCAGUGCAGGGCCUCUUCAUUCUAUUGAAUAUGUCUCACUCUUUUUUUGACAUGCAAACUCAAUCAAAGUCAAUAAAGGUCAAAAACGUUUUUACACAGUUGUCCCCAUGUCAUAACUGUGGGGUUACUAGCACCAAAUGGCUGGACUUCUGUUGAAUAAGCUCAUUCAUUUCAAAGGGGGUAAUUAUUUAUGCAAACACUUUUGUUAGAUUUUUUGUGUAGUUGUGUCUUACAGUUUCCUUUGUAAAGUGUCUUGAUGUGAUAUGAAUAAAACCAAAUUGAAAAUGAUGUGGAGACAUGUUUUCAAUUUGACAUUGAGUGAGUGUUUUUUGCUUUAUUUUGUUUUGUUUUUUGUAACAUGUGUUUGUCAAAGUUUCCAAGUCAGCCAUGAUUGAUUUUUAUACCAAUAAAAGGAUGAAACAUCCAGAGGGUAAAUACUUGUAUGUACAGCUGUAUGUACAACUAAACAGGGGAAGCCUAAUUCCAUCAAAUUUAUAAAAUUUUUGAUUGAUAUAAUAAAUAGGAAAAAAUAUUUAUAAUACUAUUAUAAAUACUACUAUUUACUAUUAUUAACUUAAUAUUUGCUAGA